GCCACAGACAAACACGCUGGCAGACAGAGCGCCAGUCUCACGUCCUGCUUGCUGCCCAACGAACUGAGUCGGAGAUCUACGUCAGACAGAACUGGCUGCUCAGUUACCAUGACAUUUUGCUCGUAUGACGCCAUUUUACCUUGCUGCCUAGGUUAGUCAUGGCCUUGGUUGUGUUCACGUGACUCUGUAUUUUUCCCAAGGUGCAGCGUGCCUUGAAAAUCAAUACAGCAAACAUUAUCUACUCUAUGUUUAAGCGAGCUGAACCUGUGUGUUUAAUAAUGCAACAGUCCAGAUUGCAUACUAUAGAAGAAUAGUUAAAGAGAAGAAGACAGGCCUAAGGAAUUAUUCUUGUUGAUAGAAAUCAGGAAACAUGGAUAAACGAACAACGAGGGAUGUGGAUCGCACAACACCAAGUCUGAGUUUUGAAGAUAAUUUUUUGGAUAUAUCCAACCAACUCGGACAACCAUGGGCUGACUUCACCACGUCAACCUAUCCAGGCUCGGCUGCGAACAACCCGUGGUUGCCACUGACCGGUGACAUCCCAGACAACCAUGCUGACGCUAGCGGACAAAACACAGGACGGACGCUGCAUAACUUGGACGUGGGUAAACUGCCUAGCUUCAACUCGUCUGUUGACAACAAGUUUACUAAACAAGAUUUGGACGACAAUGAGCGUGUUUACCGUAUGCCAUCUGGCGCUGAGUUCAGUUACAUCAUCACCAGCACGCAGAAUCCCGGCAGAUCUGCUGUGCCAGAAUAUAAUCUCCAGACAUUUACAGAGCCAGAAGUGGUAAUACCAGUAGUGCCACACAUAAGGAAUUAUGUCCCUCUCAGUAUACUGGUUACUUUCUUGUUCUCCUGGUUGUUCGGGAUUCUGGCCAUCCAAUAUUCAUUAAAGGCCAAUAGAAGAAAGAGAGAGAAGCGGUACAAGGAUGCCGCCAACGAGGCGAGCAGUGCCUUCUACCUGAACAUGUUCGGCAUCUUCUGGGGAAUCAUCGGCUACGGGUUGAUGGGCUUUUUGAUCUGGUACUUCCAGAAGAACCUCGAGAAGCAACAGACCCAGCUGCAGUACGGAUAAUUGGAUGCCGUCCUUCUGCAGUACGGAUAGUUGGAUUGUGUUAAGUAAAGAACGCAGAGCAGAUGUAAACAGCAGACGGUAUAUUCUUUCUUUAGGCGUCAGAAACUAUUAGAUGUGGUUUGUUUGGGAGGUGUAGCUACCUCUAAAGGUGCUGGAGUAUUCUUCGAGAGUUGUUAUAGACUGCUAGAGGAGUUGGGUUAUUUGAGAGGUGUUAUAGACUGCUAGAGGAGUUGAGGUACAUGAGAGUGCUGUAGAAUGCUACAUUUCUCGCUAGAAAGAGAUGUUAUGUUACGUUAUAUAAAGAGACAGGCCGAUCUUUUAACACCGGUGUUUAUAAGCUAUGAGAGAUCUUUUAGACCACUCUGUUAAUUAGUAAUUAGACUUCGUUAUUCACAUUUAUCAAUUGCUGUAAUAUAAUAUGCGAUUUUGUUGAACUAUUGUUUUGAUGAUACACUGUAUUAUAUCUUCAAUUACAUUACAUUUUCUGAUAUGACUUUGAUCUGUUAAAUUAUAAUUUGAUAUUUUUUAACAUAUUUUCCACAAAGUGCCAUUUACUAUUUUAAGAUGGUUUCACUGUUUAUCUAUCAUUCGAUGCGUACACAAUCGGCUUUGCCUUUACCUAUAACAUAUUUCAAUUUUUCGUUUUUCUGGUGUUUGUGUAAUUUUAGAACAGUCCACGUUAGAUUAAGUAACGAAAGAGGCAGAUAGUAUGAGAAUCAAUUUAAGAAUACAUUUCAGUAAACACAAAUAUUUUCAUAGGUAAACUUGGCCAUAUUGUAAUAAUGUUUACAAUUUAAUAUAAAUACUUCGUGUCCAUAUGUUAUUUUAAGUAUCGCUUCUGCUGAUGUUAGAAUUAAAAAAAUAAAAAUAUUACUUCAUUGCGCAUGCGCAGUAUGUCUUUAUAAUUUAUAAUUUAUGCCAGCCAUUUUAACAGCAGGAUGUCUUUGUUUAUGUCUUUAUUACCACGUGAAAAGUAAAUUAAUUAAUUACAAUAAUAAUAUUUUAAUUACAUCACCCACAGUUUUUAAAUAUUUAAUGAACCAUUGGAGAAUAUUACUGCUGAAGUCCAUUAAUAUAAUAAAAUAUAAAAUCAUAUUUAUUUUUAAAACUAACACAUAAAUUUAGUCUUGUAUAUUUACAAUAUCUGAAUACUAAAACGAAAAAAAUAAAAAAAAAGUAUAAAAAUUAACAUAUUAUAAAUUCGUAGUCUUGUAUAUUAACACAAUAAUUAAAAAAUAGAAAAAUAAAGUAGAAAAACCUUCUUACAAAUAGGCUGUUAAGUACAGUGAAUACGUAAAAAUAAACGUACUCAAAUGCAUUAGUAUAACCUCCUACAUAUUUUAAUUUUCCUUUUUGAAGUUUAAAAAAAUUAAACUUAUGCUAACAUCUUAUCCCGUUCCUGACUAAAUUUCGAUGACUUCGGCAUAGAUGGGAUAAUGUAAUCAGCAUAGUUUCUUUCAGGCAUCUCUUCCUAAACGAAAUAGAAUUUAUAUAGAACAUUUAUAGUUUUACCAGUAUUUCCCCUCCCCCCUCUAAAAUUUUUGUCCACUCCCGAAAAAUGUCAAGAACGCCUCUAAUAUGAUCAAAUCUAUGUUUUCUUAGAAUAUAUCGUUUUUUUUUCUGUUUGUAACUGUUAAAUUAAAAUAAAAUAAACCACACUUUUACUUUUGCCAUCUGAAAAUUUUUAAUUUAUUCAUCAAGCAUUUAUUUAAAUACAUGAUAUAACAUUUUUUAUGAAGAAUAACAAAUAGAAUGUUUGCUUAAUUUGUUGUUUAUUUCUUUUGUAAUAUUUAAUUAGAUAGAAAUGUGAUUUGUAUACUGUAGACGUAUUUCGCUAGAAUAACUACAUUCUUAUUUUGUAACACUUUUUCACGAUUGUAACUUUUGAUAUAAAAUACAUAUUUGUUUUGUUCCACAAA